UGGGGGCCUGAGAGGAGCGAGCGCCGCCACCGAAGGUCGCGCCAGACUGCAACGGGUAAUGGGAGGGCUAAUGUUUCCUUUUGACUCUUCCCUUUGGACCUUGGAGUGACUCUUAAUGGGGUGAUGCACAGAUUUAGGACCCAGUGGAGCCUUUCCCCGUUUCCCGUCACUCGCUCAGGCACGCCGAGGGCAGUCUCUGUGGGGUCCUCGUGGCCAGCCAAGAUGGCUGCUCCCGCGGUGAAAGCUGCGCGAGGGUGGUUGGGCCUGGUGCUGAGCGUGCGGAGUGCUGUCCUGCGGCUUCCAGGGCUCACCCAGGUGAGGUGGAGCCGCUAUGGUCCUGAAUACAAGGACCCCCAGAUUGACAAGGAAUAUUACCGCAAGCCCUCGGCCGAGCUGACUGAGGAGGAGAACUAUGAGCGGGAGCUCAGGAAGACUCGGCUUAUCAAAGCUGCCCCAGCGACGAGAACAAGUUCUGUGUUUGAAGACCCAGUGAUCAGUAAAUUCACCAACAUGAUGAUGAAAGGAGGAAACAAAGUACUGGCCAGAUCCCUCAUGACACAGACUCUGGAAGCUGUGAAAAGGAAGCAGUUUGAAAAGUACCAUGCUGCCUCUGCAGAGGAACAGGCAACCAUCGAACGCAACCCCUACACCAUCUUCCACCAAGCCCUGAAAAACUGUGAGCCUGUGAUUGGGCUGGUACCCAUCCUCAGGGGUGGCCAUUUCUACCAGGUCCCUGUGCCGCUAGGUGACCGGCGUCGUCGCUUCCUGGCCAUGAAGUGGAUGAUUACUGAGUGCAGGGAGAAGAAGCACCGGCGGACGCUGAUGCCAGAGAAGCUGUCACAUGAGCUGCUGGAGGCUUUUCACAGCCAGGGCCCUGUGAUCAAGAGGAAGCAUGAGAUGCACAAGAUGGCUGAGGCCAACCGCGCUCUGGCCCACUACCGCUGGUGGUAGAGGGAGGAUACAAGCUCUAGGAGGAGCCCAGGGCUUUCUGCUGUGAGAAACAACAUGAGCCCCUGCCACGCUGAAAAAUACCUGUGGGUUAAGGAUGUAGUUCCUUCUCGAGGGCAGGGAGGCCUCACAAAAAGGAUGGAGCAGCAUGUUUAUUGCUUGUUACUCCUUCUUUCUUUGGGGCUAGAAGUUGCUCUCCCUGCCCCGUCUCCUUGCAGAGGGGGAACAUAUCAACUUGGGUUUUCCCCAGGAAACUUAGGGCCCAUCCAGCUUUCUCUUCCCUCAGCUUGGGGUGGACCUUUGGAUGAUACGAAAGGAAGCAGUUUUGGUAUCAGAAGAGGUUUAUUAGAAAAUCCUCACCCUGAACUAGUGUAGCAUGUGAUGUGGUACUGCCAUUCAUUAAAACCGACUGGAGGAAAUACACUUACUUCCAAAGUAGUCCUUGUACAAAACGUAUAAAAAGCAGUUCCUGGUG